AUGAUGGCAAAAGCUUCAAACAACUCGUGUAGAGUAGGAUUCUCGGUGUUCAAAUAGACCAUCAUCUCUCUUAGGGUAACUGCAUUGAAAAAAGUGGCCCAGAAAAUCAGUUCAGGAAUAGGAGCCUAAUGGUGGGUUCAGGAUUUCGUAGACAGAGCCAUUUAAGGUAAUAUCUAUGAUGCAUCAAUCCAAACACAUUUCAAGUGAUACAGGCUUCAAAAGUUGCAAAAUAUGUUUGCCAUACUCAUAAUGCUCAUGAGAAACGAUACUAACGCGUCAGAGGCACUUGGUGCCUUACGCUGGGAAAUCUAA